GUGCUAUUCUUCCCCAUUAUUGACUAAAAUCGAGUGGAAAUGAAAUGAAUAGACAUUAUAUGAAGUGAUUUGAGAAUAUGGUUACGACUCUGGAUCUCAAGACUGUUUUCCAUAAAGUUUUGCGCGUUUUUCUCUGCCUAUCAUUACUGUUGCGAUUAUAUUCGUGUUCAUUAAGGUAUGGCUGUCCGGCCCGACCGCUAAUUAAGCCCUGUUCCUGUCAGGAAAUCACCAAAGGAUUAGACGUCUCGUGCGAAGGCGCCCGUUUAGAGCAGUUAAGGGAAGCGCUCGAGAAUUUCGGCCAAACGGGACAAAUAGUUUGGUACUUAAAGAUGAGGAAAAACCAAAUGACAACUUUCCCCUCAUUCCUGUUGGACGGACUCGAUGUGAGACAUUUGGUGGCCCAUCACUGCAACAUCACAUCCAUCGACGACUCGGCGUUUGUCGGAUUGACUGAUCUCUUGGAGUCUUUAGAUCUGUCACAGAAUGGAUUGCAUGAGAUCCCGAGCAAAGGACUGGAACCUCUCUCGGCUUUAAUAUCUUUGAAUCUAAAUUAUAAUUUAAUCGAAACCAUAAGAGCCGGUGCUUUCAAAGGCUUAAUAUCACUGCUGAGACUCUCUAUGUAUGGAAAUAAGAUCAAAACAAUAGAUGUGAUGGCAUUCACGGGAAUUGGAGGCAAUUUGACGCGAAUUAAUUUAGGAGGAAAUCUAUUGCCAGCCAUUCCUUCAAAAUCUCUUCAAAACUUAAAAGCACUACAAAGACUGCAAUUACACGAGAAUAAAAUCAGUUCAAUCAAUGCCGACGAGUUGGAUGGCAUCCCAUUGGCUCACAGUCUGGAUGUCUUGAAUCUAGCCAUCAAUCUGUUGGAAGAACUCAAUGAAAAUGCAUUUUCAAACUUUGAAGCAUUAAAUUCAUUGGAUUUGGAGGGAAAUCAUAUUUCGAGAAUACAUAUCAAUGCUUUCCAAGGCAUCGAAGAAUCGCUCGAAUGGUUAAAACUGGGAGAAAACCGUUUGGAAGGCAUUCCUUCUGCGGCGCUCAGAAAUCUGACAAAACUCCGACAACUGGACCUCAGAGGCAAUAAUAUUAGUUUAAUAGCCAAACACUCCUUCAAAGAGUUUGGAAAUAAUCUCAAAUUUAUUUAUCUCCAGAAAAACAAUAUCGAGAACAUAGAGUCGGAAGCAUUGGAUAGUUUGGAGUCAUUGGAGUGGUUUUAUAUUCAUACAAACAAAUUAAAGUCAAUGCCAUACAGAAUAUUCUCACCACUACUGGACUCACUGUCUGUGUUCGACGCUCACGACAACCCGUUUGUGUGCGACUGUGGCAUCACUUGGUUUAGAGAGUGGGUGCUAAAGGGUCGGGGAUCUAAUAUCGUGAGUCUUCCCAAAGAAACCAAAUGUCUUUCACCGAAGAGGCUCGAGAAGACACCAAUCAUUGAAAUACCAUACGAUGUGCUGAGCUGUACGAACGCCAGUCCCACCGAUCAGACAUAUCUGCCAACUAUGCUAUCGAUUUGCUUUUUCUUUACAUCUAUUAUCAGAUGAACUGUUUUGAAGACAACUUGUUUCACGUAUUUGUAGCAAUUCUCUCGCAAAGGAUUGUCUGAAAUGUUAAGUUUGAAUAUGAAUUGUUACCAAAAAUCGUUUUGAAUUCGGGGAUAAAAUGCUGUAAUAAAUGACAAAAAUGAUUUGAUAAAUG